AUGUUUUUUAAAAAAUGUUUUAAACAUAACAUAAAUUAUAGGAUUGCUCAAUCACAAAAGAGAUCUUUGAAAGAUUUUAGAGUUAUGGGGCCUCGUUUUGAACAAACUGAUUUUGAUUUACAGCCUCAACCGGAUCCUGCAAUUAAGUUGAUUGCAAAUACGCCUACGAGAUUUUCAAAUCAAAGUAUUGUAUCAUGUAAUGGUGGUAAUGGCUCUCUUGGUCAUCCCAAAAUAUAUAUUAAUUUAAAUAAAAACGAGCCCGUCUCGUGUGGGUAUUGUAUGAAAUCUUCCAAAAAUAUGCAUAGUUCUUAG